UGCGUUGUCAUGUUCAUGUCCGCGCGCCGGAACGAAGCAGUGCAGUUGCAACUGCUCGGAAAACGGUGGAGUCAUUUUGAGUUUGAGUCGAACCGUGCGAUUUUUCAACGACCGAAAGAAUGACGGCGAGAUACGACAGGGCGAUCACGGUGUUUUCGCCGGACGGGCAUCUGCUCCAGGUGGAAUAUGCUCAGGAGGCCGUCAAGAAGGGCUCGACUGCGGUUGGUGUACGUGGAGCUGACGUGGUGGUUUUAGGUGUGGAGAAGAAGUCAGUGGCUAAAUUACAAGAGGAGCGCACAGUACGCAAAAUAUGCCUCCUGGAUGACCAUGUAGUUAUGGCCUUUGCAGGUUUAACUGCUGACGCGAGAGUAUUAAUCAAUCGCGCACAAAUCGAGUGCCAGAGUCACAAAUUAACUGUAGAAGAUCCUGUUACCUUGGAGUACAUAACAAGGUAUAUCGCAGGUUUAAAACAGAAAUAUACGCAAAGUAAUGGCCGUAGACCUUUUGGAAUAUCCUGCCUCUUAGCUGGGUUUGACUACGACGGUAUGCCACAUCUGUAUCAAACAGAACCAUCAGGAAUAUAUUACGAGUGGAAGGCGAAUGCAACAGGUCGCAGUGCCAAGACUGUGCACGAAUUUUUGGAGAAGUAUUAUACUGCGGAAGAGGUGUCGACGGAAAGAGGCUCUAUAAAAUUAGCGAUCAGAGCAUUACUCGAAGUAGUUCAGUCCGGACAGAAGAAUUUGGAAAUAGCGGUGAUGCGACGCGGGGAACCGUUGCAGAUGCUAGACACAGACACUAUAGGCGAAUACGUGACAGAGAUCGAGAAGGAGAAAGAGGCGGAAGCUGAGAAGAAAAAACAGAAAAAGUGAUGCCUUUGUGCCCUGAUACACUUCAAUUAUAUUAUUAUUAAUUUUUCUCGUAAAAUAAAUAUGCCGCAAUUAGGUAAAGAAUGGAGAAACGAAGUGCGACGAAACUGCGAAACUUUUUUAUUCAUACUAUUUACUGCCACAAUUGUGUGAAAUGCAUAUACAAAAACCACUCACCGUGUUUGAGAUCUCGCAAUUUGAAUUACAAUUACAGAGGAAGAUCACAAUCUGGUGUCACUUGUUUUCAGCAAUAAAUCAUUAAUUGAA